CUAAGCAAUGGUCGCCUUGAGGUCAGCAAUGGUCUCUUCCAGGGCCUGCAUGGCAGACAGACAGAGAGAGAUGGCUGAUCGAUGUGAUAUGUUCAGUCAGUGGCGCUUACCCGGUAGACGGGCUCCGGCGUUUCGGGGACCACCCUCAUGGCCACACUGAUGCCAGCCUGUCACCGCAAGAACGUUACAUAGAUGGUUGCACAGAAGCGGUGGUGUCUCUCCGCUGUGUGAUGCUCACUGUCUUUGGCUUGGGUUGUCCGGGCGGGGCAAGGUCCUCCCUCGCAGCGCCACGCGACAGAGGUCUGAUGGCGGCAGCGGCAGCACUGGGGAUCUAGACGUGGCGGACCGUCCACACCACAUACACGCACACACAGACCCAGUGCAGACUUGAUAUGGAUGUGUCUCCCUCCAUCAGACUGAGUGCUUUACCCCUGCCGACAUCCUGCUGGAUGCCCGAGACUCAUGGCGGCUACGGACGACGAACAAGGCAGUGCGCCUCAGCUGGCGUCUCCUCGUUGUCCUCCUGCCCCCUGCCGCCGCCACUCCUGACGAACUCGACCUGCCGCUCUGGAUCCUGGCAUGGCUGCUGCUGCUGGUGCCGGGGGCUGCAGCUCGUCGUCAUCGUCUAAUGCGAUGGGCACGUCUCGGUUGUCCUGCUGUUGCUUCUUGGCCGCAUUGUAAGCCUCCUCGUCCCCAAACACCACAAUGGAGUCCUGAAUGGAGCAGAAUAAGCGCACAAAAGUCGCUGGUCGCGUGAUGUGCGGUGUGUCAUAUGUGAGAGCGCACCUUGUUCACCCUUUCUGCGGUGUCCCUCACAGUCAUUACGCGGUGGUUGCGGUUGUUGGCCAUGAUGGAGUCGCCGUCGGCCCAAUAUCCGUCUCGCAGCGGCUUGAAGGUGAGCAGGUGUAAAAUAGUCUCUUGGAAAGGAGCCACCGCGACGUCCUCACGCAACAUGAUACCCAUCACCGCCCCCGCCCUCUCCUCAUUCAUGUCCGUCAGUAGACCGAUCUUCGAAUCCAGGGCAUUGUCGUCACCCUUCACCUUCACACACACACACACAUACAUACACACACACACACACACAACGAAGGAGCCAUACAGAUAUCACCAUAUCGCUCUCCCUCCCCUUGCUCACCCCCGCGAGUGAGAUGGUAGGUCUCGACCCUUUCGCCCUCCUCUCGCCCUCUCUCACGCCCGGCUCCUUGUUGUCUCUCUGUUUGUUGCUGGUGAACCGGCCGACGUCUCCCAGGCACAAUCUGUGCCAGUCCUCCUCCCGAAGCACCCCAGCGGCCGUGAAGGCGUCGCUGGUGGUCCUCUUGAAAUGCGCCUUCUCCUGCGGCAAGGCAGGGUACUGAAGCGCCAUGUUGCAGGCAUGAAUGCCACAGUCCUGAGCGUAGGACCCAUCUUUCGGGUCCAACCUCUGGUCGCUGAACUUGAGCGACGCUAGUGGAAGACCGUUCACCCCAAAGUAGAGCCGCUGGCCGAGGCUGUCCUUCCCCCCUCCUCCUCCCACCAGCAGUCCGCCGUAUUGUUGUGCCGGCUUGUCUCAUAGAGCUGCUGCAACGACAUGGGAGGGCCUGUAGCACACAUCCACACACGCGCGCAACACGCAUACACGACACACCAAUGGACAGCGUCAUUCAUUCGUAAGGGUGCCGGUUGUCCCUCUCCUUACCAUGUUGUGCAAGUGCUCCCGCUGCAGCCGCGGCAGUGGGGUGGUGACGCUGGCAUAACAGUUUACGGCAUUUCGGACGGGGUGGUGGUGACAUGAGAGCUGCAUUGUACAGACCAAGGGCAACGACAUAUAGGUAGAUUGCCGUGUGGGCGCGGCACAGCGUCUACCAACCGUACUGUCUUGUGUGUAUGUGGACGGGUCACAGUAGAGCAAGACUGACCGAGCAAUGCAAACGUCAGCAACAAUAGGGUCUGUAAAGCAGCACACCCAGAAAGACAGGAUACAUGAUGGCUUACUCUCGCACCCGGCUGACCUGGCAGGGAAUGUGCCACUCGCCGAAAAGGAUACACCGGCCAUAUCGAUGACUGCAGAAGAAGACAGCACACACAACAGCACACUCCUUACCAGACGAGUAUAGUCAUGACGUGCAUCUUACCAGACUAGCACCAGGCAGCAUGUGAGUAGAGCGAAAAGGUCGGACAGAUAUAAAAUGUAGACAACGAUGGAUGAGGGCUGCACACACACACAGGAACAAAGCCGCGUGGGGAAACGAUUAAUUGAGGACUCGGCGACUCUUUGUUCUUACCAUUUUUCCUUACCUUUCCCUCAGGCGGUCGGGCCGUCCUGAGUCCAGCCGAUGAUCGGCCAGCCCCCAGGCGACCCUCCCACCCGAGCACCACACGGCAGGGCCAACUUUGGGUGCGCAACGACACACACAGAUCACUUAGUGGGGAGAGGGGAUGAAGCCCUCAGCCCCCCCCCACCCCCACGCACAACUAUCUCAUCUUCCUGAACUGGGGUGGACGGCCACCAGCAGCAGCAUGCACUCAUGACAUUCCUGUACAGGCUGGCAAAAAAGCCUGGCUUCGACUGCUAUGAUGGCAAGACACACACACAGAGAGAGAGAGGGAGAGAAGGAGGAAGGGAGGGAGGGAAGGAGGGAGGGACGGAGGGAGGGAGGGCACGACGGUCAACUCAUCUAAGGCACCUCUUCAAAGGACUUGUGUGAAAGCUUACCGUGUUGGUUUGGGCGGCCUUGUUGAGGGUAGGUCGCUGCGGCUCCUACAAGGCAAUAGCAACAGACACCAGGUGCGAGUGACCGCAGGCAGCUCGCCAGGGGCUCAAGAUGUGGCGGGAGGGGUUAGUCAAGAUUAUGUCCUACCUUCUCAGCCUGGGUGGCCUUGUCGUUCUUCUCCUUGGUGUCGGCCUGCUUUUUUCUGAUGGUGGGCAAAGGAAAUAGGCAGGUGUGGGUGUGUGUGCAUGAUGUCUCAUGCAUGUGCGUCAGUGUACUUGUUGGCCAGGUGCUGCUCCAAUUUCUGAUCGGGCAGGAAACAGGGAUUGAGGGAGACAUGGGACUCAUGAAUCGGGCCUCACCUUGUGGAUGCCGUCUAUUCGUGUGGUGACCUCCUUCAGACCGCCUGCCAUGCUCAUCUGCAAAGUGAACAAGAUUCGAUGAGUCCCCCAUUUAAUUAUGGUGAUGUCUCCCUGUCUGUCUCUCUCCUCGAUACCCACCCUCCGGCCGCUUCCUACGGGGGUUGGCAUCCUCCUUCUGGCCCCUGCAGAAGGACGCCUGAAGACGACGGCACUGCUCGCAGCAGCAGCAGCAGCAGCAGCAGCAACGGGCCCCCCAACCUGCCGGACAGUCGGCACGCAGACGCGCAAGACUCAGGGUAAUACACAUCCACACAUGAGUCUCUUUCCUCGUUACCUUGGUGGUCACCAUGUCCGUGUCAAACACUGCCUCGUCCACAUGCAGCCAGCCCGUGGCGCCGCCAGCAGCGGCAGCGGCAGCAGGCUCCUCGAAAACCGUCUGCAUCACACACACGAGACUCAGCAAGGACCCAGGAGAACAGAACUGGCUCUCUCCCGCACUGGCAACAUGGUCGCCUGUGUCAGCGUCUCCCUUGCAGUGUUGAACGUGCCACCGCUCUCCCUCUCCCCUCGGGCCCUCCCCUCCCACCGACGUCCCAGGCUCUGGUUGACGCGGCCGCACGCUUCGAUGCACGCUCGGAUCUGCUGGGGGACGUCGGCGGCGUGCGGUUGGGGUACCCCCAU